GCACGCGCGCAGCAGAGGAGCGCGCGGCUCCCCCUGCAGGAGCGGAGCGAAGGAUAGAAGAUCCCUUCCUCUUCAGGGAACCCAAGGGGAAGCAGAACUACAGAAUCAUGGGUCAUUUCGGUGAGAGCUUCUGAGAGAGACCAGAGGUCUGCGAUAAUAUAGCCACUUUACUGGCACAAGAAUGGUUUGGAAAUGACAUUGCAGCAUUUUUCUGUAUGACUGGCAAAGCAGUGCUAAGCUAGAAUAUACUGGCUUCAAGACGAUAGACAACACUUAAAUCCUAAUCACUGGCCAGAUAUAAACCAGUGUGAUGCGGAAAUGAGAUGAGGCUCCGAAAUGGAACUGUGGCCACUGUGUUAUUUUUCAUCACCUCUUUCCUGAGUUUGUCUUGGUAUACAGCAUGGCAGAAUGGGAAAGAAAAGCUGAUUGCCUAUCAAAGGGAGUUUCAUGCUUUGAAAGAACGUCUUCGAAUAGCUGAGCACCGGACCCUGCAGCGUUCCUCUGAAUUAAAUGCCAUCUUGGAGCAAUUCAGACGGGCAGUGGCAGAAACAAAUGGAAGCAAGGAUGCACUGAGCAGUGUUUCAGAUGAAACCUUAAAAUUAUUAAAGGAGCUAACAAGCAGAAAAUCUCUUCAAGUGCCAAAUAUUUAUUAUCACUUGCCUCAUUUAUUGAAAAAUGAAGGGAGCCUUCGACCUUCAGUGCAAGUUGGCCUUGGACGAACAGGAGUUUCUAUAGUAAUGGGAAUUCCUACUGUAAAGAGAAAAGUAAAAUCGUAUCUUACAGAAACUCUUCACUCACUGAUUGAUAAGCUGACUCCAGAAGAAAAAUUAGACACUGUUAUGAUUGUCUUCAUAGGAGAGACAGAUCUUGACUACGUAAAUGGUGUUGUAGCAAGUCUAGAAAAAGAGUUUUCUACAGAAAUCAGUUCUGGCUUGGUGGAAAUAAUAGCCCCACCUGCAUCCUAUUAUCCAGACUUGACAAACCUAAAAGAGACAUUUGGAGACUCAAAAGAAAGAGUCAGAUGGCGGACAAAGCAAAAUCUGGAUUAUUGUUUUCUUAUGAUGUAUGCACAGAAAAAGGGUAUUUACUACAUUCAGCUUGAGGAUGACAUCGUUGUCAAGCAGAAUUACUUCAGCACAAUAAAAAAUUUUGCACUUCAGUUGUCCUCUGAAGAUUGGAUGAUUCUCGAGUUUUCUCAGCUGGGGUUCAUUGGUAAAAUGUUCCAGUCUCCAGACAUUACACUCAUUGUAGAGUUCAUAUUUAUGUUUUAUAAAGAGAAACCUAUCGACUGGCUCUUGGAUCACAUUCUUUGGGUGAAAGUCUGCAACCCUGAGAAAGAUGCUAAACAUUGUGAUCGGCAGAAAUCAAAUCUCAGAAUACGCUUCAGACCUUCCCUUUUCCAGCAUGUGGGCCUACACUCCUCUCUAGCAGGAAAGAUUCAAAAACUCACUGACAAGGACUUCCUGAAACCAUUAUUGCAUAAAAUUCAUGUGAAUCCACCUGCAGAGGUUUCUACAACUUUAAAGGUCUAUCAAGGGCAUGCUCUUGAAAAAGCCUACAUGGGUGAAGACUUUUUUUGGGCUGUUACACCAGUUGCUGGAGAUUAUAUCCUAUUUAAAUUUGACAAGCCUGUCAAUAUAGAAAGGUUCCUGUUCCAUAGCGGAAACCCUGAACACCCAGGGGAUAUAUUCAUCAAUACAACAGUGGAGGUGUUGCCUUUUAAGAGUGACGAGCUUGUGUUGAGCAAAGAAACCAAAGAGAGGCGAUUAGAAGACGGGUAUUUCAGAAUAGGCAAAUUUGAAAAUGGUAUAGCAGAAGGAACAGUUGAUUCCAGUCUGAAUCCAAUUGCAGCUGUCCGGCUUUUAGUAAUACAGAACUCAUCUGUCUGGGCAAUUCUAAAUGAGAUUCAUAUUAAAAAGCUCCCCAACUGAGUAGUCAAGAGGAAGGAGCAGAAGGGGAAAAUCUACAUCUCUUGGAAACUUUUCUGCAAAUUCCCACAAUCUAUAGACUGAGGAUGCGAGCGUGCACCUUCCAACUUAUUUGUCUCUGAAACUCUACCUCUUGUGAAAUCUACUGUAGACUGAUCCAGCAAGAAGUGUUUAUGAUAACCCAGAAAAUGAUUUUUAGCUGGUAUUAUUUAUCUAGAUCCAUGGUUUAGCUAUUUGAACAUGACUUUGCUGCCUAAGGAUCACAGUAAUCUCUUUAACCUAUCAAAUUUUGAUAGGGUAUGCUACAUAAAAGUUGUACAUAUUGUUACAUUCCUUAAAAAAUUAUAUAUAUAUAUUAUAUGUAUAUAUAUAUAUAGUUGUUAAAUACCUUUUAUGAAGGGGGUACUUUUUGGAAGUCCAUUUAUUUUGCUAAUGCAAACCCUCUUUUAUAGAUUAUCAGGGAUAUAUAUUCAAAAACAUUAGGGAUGUUUAAUUUAUUAAAUGGUUUGAAAAGUACAUAUUUUUAUGCAGGUAAUAACUUGAUGUAGUUUUUUUUUAAUGAAUGACAUUAUUUCUUGAGUUAUCUCUUAAUUUUGCUUUAAUAAUGAAGUAACCAUAUUUUGUAAUAUAUACAGUACUGCCAUGGCUAGAAGGUUUAAAAUUGAAUUUGCGAAUGAAGCACUUUUGUACAAUACAAAGGACAUAAUCAUUUCAGAGGUUCUCUUUCACAAGCAUAAUUGAAAUGAAUGGGACUUGGACAGAAUACCCCCUCCCCAGGUGUAAGAUAUGCUGUUCGAAGACAUACGCAAGAGAUGAAGGACUUUGGACAACAUUGCCCAUAAUCCUCACAGCCCCCAACAUGUAAUUUUAGCAUGUUGAGGAAUUUUGUACUUCAGUAUGAUGCCUGAAAUUUGCAGUGAUCUAGGAUUGAUUCAUGUCCCGUUAAAGGGAAAUUUUGAUAUUUUUAAACCUUUGUAAAAUCUUAUGAAAUGCAGCCAAGUUACUCCUUUGGAUAGAAAAUGUUCUGAAACAUCUGCCUGUUUAUAUUUUAUUUUGCUUUGCAUCUCUUUUGUAUGAACUCUGUUCAGUCCUUUGGAAUGAUUUAAUUUACCAUUUUAUUAGAUAUGAUAAUAGAAAAUUGUACACAGUAACCACAGCUGAGCUUACAAAAAAGUGACUGUUGAGUCUUUAAAUGUUGAAGUGAUUUUUUUUCCCUUAAGAGAGCCCCGCUCCCACUACAGGCAUUGUACUCCAACUGACUUAAGCAAGAGAGGUUGUGUGAUCCAAACAAUCGUUGUCUUUUGAACUUCAAGAGAAAAAAAUGAGACACUUUUGCUUGGUCAGUAGUCUUGGAAGAGGGGCUGUUCAAGCACUUUGUGCCAUGCAGCACACUAAACAUGCAAUAGUAAAUGCUAAUAAAAUCAUUAUUAUUUCCCCUAAUGAUCUCUAAUCAAGAUAUGGAAAUAAUGACCUUUAACCUCACCUUUACAUCUGCGAUUUACACAGAUAAAUGAGGUUUAUUAAGUGGCAGUAGCUGGUGUCAUUAGCUAAUUAACUCUUAAAUCCUUCUGUGUCUUGGAUGUAAGUUUUGCCAAAAUAUUGUCUUGCCUUUUCUCAAGGAUCAGAAUUAUUUCUAACAAUAUGGAUGCAACUAGUUUUUUUACAUCCUUUGCAUCCUAUUGUGAGCUUAUUUCUGAAGAAAUAGUCAACAUAAUAUCAUGUAGUUUUAGAAGACGUAGCCAUGUUAGUCUGUGCUAGCAUAUCAAGCCAAAAGAAAAGGAAAAUAAAAAAUUAAGGAGAUAAAAGUAAGUGAACUAGUCCAUAAAAGCUCACACUAACUUAUAGCAAUUAAUUUUUAAGGUGCCACAAUUUUGUGUCUUUUUAAUUUUUCUUUUGUUUUGGUUUAAACAUAGUAUGAUGUAACAUAUUGAUCAGGUUUCCAGUUGUUCAAGAUAAUUGCAGAAUUGACUGAAAUGUUCCUGCUUUUGAAAAAUUUUGAAUGGUUGAUCCAUCUUAUAUUUAUGGAGCAACUUUGAUUAAACUCUUAACUUCCCUCUGUGUUUGGCUGGACAGUGAGAAUGUGAGAGAAAGCAAGCAGGCAUCGGGUAAGAGGCUGAGCUUGAACAUUGUGUCUAAGGAGAAAGGCACUUACAUGCUUAAGAUCAAUUUUUUAAAAUCUUUCUAUUUGGUGUGAAAACUUUCAAAAUGUUUUUUAAAGUGUGUUUUACACAGGGAAGGGGACUAAUCAUGCAAGGAGGAUCUGUGAGACUAGCAUACCUUUUAUUUUGCUCUGAACAAGCUCUACAAGCAACACAAUGAAUUCUACUGCUGUUUCCACUAAUGUUAGUAGUGACAUGGCUGUGAGUUCUUCUUGGCUCAAUGCUUUAUAUUGUUCUCAUCUUGUUCCUCCAAUAGACAUUAUGAUAACUUGUUAAAAUCUGGUGCUGUGAAUUGAAGGCUGGUCUGACAUUUUGCUGCAAAUGGCCUGACUCUGUUUUUUUUUCCAGCCACCACCUUCUGGGUGUACUGACAAAAAUCACCCCAAAGGCUCACCUACUGCUAAAUGGAAUUAGGGAAAACAUUUGUCAAUUAAGGCAUGACUCAGUUAUCCGUGUUGCCAGAUUUAAGGAGGAAGGCAAGUUGCUUCAGCAGUAUUAGGUGAGAAAUAUUCUGGAGCAGGCUUAGAUCAGGUAUCAAUGCUCAGUUCCAAAAGCUUCUAUUAACUUGGUAUUUAGAGCAGUAAAACAUUUAAUUCUUGUGCUAUGCUUUCUUCCUGGUCCCUUCUCGGGUAGAAAGGAACAGCUGUACUAUUCAUUAUUUAGAGUUGUGGGAACAGUUGGUUUUGGAGAGUUGUUGACUCUGAAUGCAUUUUGAGAAUAUUUGAAAGAUACACAAUAAGGUAUUAAGGAUAAUCAUUUUCAUCCUAUAGUGAUAGACUAGAAGAGGGUUUAAUUUUACCAAAAAAAAGAGGGUAAGACUUACAGGAGUUUUUAUUUAAAUGAAGAGUGGAUAAUGGUGCAUAAUUUUGGCUGAGCAGGAUUGUUACUUUUGUUAAUUUUGGCUGAGCAGGAUUGAUCCUUCAGCAAUAAGUACAGACUUUGAUAAUGCAGCUGAAGAGAACUUGAACUUGCUUUCCAACUACAGAAUAGUGUGGUUGUUGCAUUACUAGAAAAUGAGAUUCCACUUUUGGGAGCAAGGUUUAACUUCCUGCCAUAAAGCAAGUUAAAGAGCAAAUUGUCCCUCCCAGUUAUAGUGACUUGGAAAAGUUGUGAUGUGUUGAAAUUUAACUUGAGUAACUGAAUGCUUUAUAGUAUCUUACAUUCCACUAACUGCAAGCUCAACUGAUGUUAGUGAACCUGCAUCUUAAAACAGAAGACUGUGUCUUACGUAGAGAUGAUUAAAUAGUUAUUUCAGAUGUCUGCAAAUGGGAAAAGUGUUCAAAUAACUUUGGUGCUAAGUGUUCCCAAUAGUUUUUGGACCUACCUGCUUUUCUUCCCUUCCAUCCUGAAAAAGGUUACUGUUACUUUCAUGGCUUGUUGCAGGCUGAAUACGUCCAUUCUCUUCUCCUCCCUGACAUCUAUACUAAUAAACAGGACAAAAUAAGUCAUUUCUUCUCUGAGAAGGCUGAAACAGAUUUGUGCUUUACUUGAAUUUAUGGCCCUUUGCCAAGGUUUGAACAUGCUGUUAUGAAUGUGUAGGCCUGAACAGUGGCUAAUAGAAUAAAGACUGCUAGCUGGUUUGAGUUCUUGCUUACAGAUGUUUCCUAGGAAAGAUUAAAUUUUAGUGAUUGAAUAUUGAACAAGAAACUAGCUUACUGUUUAUAAAUAAUUAGAUAUGUCCUGCUUUCUUCUCCCAUCUGUCUGCUCUGUUGUGUUUCUGUUCUUGCCCUGGUGGAAUCUGCGAUUUCAGUGCUUUUUAUUGGAAAAAGUUUCCAUUUACUGUAAACUUUCUUUGAAAAGCUAGAUUUUGUUAUUAAUCCUGCUGCUAUAUUUGAAAACCUAACUGGGUCAUGUUAAUUGUGCCUUUCAUCAAUGUGCUAUGUGCCACAGUUGCCCAUGUAAUAUCUGAAAUAAAUCUUUUGAAAACUGCA